AUGUUGUCCACCGCCAGAUCAAGAGCCGUAUGGCAAAUUUCUCGUAGAGUUCAGAUCUCAGCCAGACGAGCCUACGCAUUUUCCGCAAAUGAUCAGCAAGAAAUUAAUGAUCCAAACUCUCCGAAGAAAGUGCCCAAUGUCUCGAAAUCCAACGAGCUGCCCAUAGAAAGUCACGUCCAGAAUAAGCCAUUGCAGGAGAGCGUAGAGACCGCGGAAAAGUUUAGGGUUAUGCAGGCACCAAAUAGAGAGGGCAAAUGGUCGCGAAGUCAGAAUCCUAGGGAGAAGGCAAUGUCUGGCCCUAGGUUUGAGCAGACCAUUAUGGAAGCUCAGCCAGCACCACAAUCAGCAAUUAGCUUGAUUCAUCAACAACCAGUGCGAUGGACACACGAUCGUAUUGUGGCAUGCGAUGGAGGUGGAGGACCAUUAGGACACCCAAGAAUCUUCAUCAACACUGAUAAGCCCGAAAUUUGCAACUGCACAUACUGCGGAUUGCCGUUUGCCAAUGAACAUCACCGAGCACACCUUGAAUCUCUUCCAGAAACUGCAUACCCUCUUGAAGCAUGA